GCCGGGAUUCCCAGCUCUGCCGUCUGCAUGUAACAAUGGUUUAUCCUGCAUGUAACACUGGUUAUCCUGCAUGUAUCUCUGGUUUAUCCUGCAUGUAACUCUGGUUUAUCCGCGAGGAUGCGAUGGGCAGUGAGAGCAGUAAGAGCAGAAAGAGAGAACUUCCAGCUGUUCAGCGUCGACUCAGUCACGGGUUCCUCUCGAGUGUCGGGGUCUCGGUUGCUCACAGACUUGGACACUCAGCUAUGUUUUCUCAGUCGCUGAGACUGGACGUCCAACCGCCCGUCUCAAGCCCCCCGCUUCCUCCGGAGGAGGGUGGUGAGGCAUCAGGCGUAUUGGCUCCUCCAGCUUUCAUCUCUGUCUUUCUGCCAGAGUUCCCUCAGCGUAGAUUUCCUGCACCGGAGCACUUCCAGGUCCUGGGCUUCAUCGCUAAAGGCUCAUUUGGACCCAUCCUGAAGAUCAUGGAUGUCUGUAAAGACAAGAUUUAUGCUGUUAAGGUUCUAACAAAGUCGGAGAUCUUGAAGCAUGGAGUGCUUGAGCAGUCAAAAGAGGAAGUCAUCAUUCAGCGGCAGCUCAAACACCCAUUUAUCCACAAUCUGCAGGACUGUUGGCAGACACACCGCCACCUCUUCAUUAUGUUUGACUACUGCUACGCUGGAGACCUGCACACUUACUGGGCACUGAAGAGCCGGUUUGAGGAGGAUGAGGUCCGCCUGUUUGCUGCAGAGCUGGGCAGUGCGCUGGGAUUUCUCCAUGACCUGGGAAUAAUUCAUAGAGACAUAAAGAUGGAGAACAUCCUUUUAAGUGACCAAGGUCACCUUCGUUUGUGUGAUUUUGGACUCUCGCGCCGUCUUCAACGAGGAGGACGAGCAUUUACGAUAUGUGGAACGAUUCAGUACAUGGCUCCUGAAGUUUUAAGAGCGGGUCCAUACAACCAUGCUGCAGAUUGGUGGUCUCUAGGGAUUCUGUUGUUCUCACUGGUGACAGGAGACUUUCCAGUAGCUGCAGAGCCAGAUCACAGCAGCAUGUGGAGGAAGGUCAGAGAUUUUCCUUAUGCUUUUCCAAGGACCUUCACCUCUGCUCUGACCCAACUGCUCACUGAGCUUUUAUGCAAGAAUCCGGUGGCUCGCCUUCGAAAUCUGGACUGUUUCAAGAUGCAGGCCUUCUUCCGUGGCUUCUCGUUUGAUUCGUACAUCCUUCAGAAAACACCGGUCCAGUUCAUCUUGGAGCUCAGGUCCCACCCGGACUGGGAAGCCAAGUCCAUGCGAGGCAUCUCGCUGGACCAAUUUGAACACUUUGACUGUGACCAAUUCCUCAACUCCCCUUCGAGUCCUACUGAACUCUCUCCUACUUUGGCCCAAGUUUGUCUGAGCUUGACAGCAGAGCAGACAUGUAAAGCAUAAGACUGAACUAUUUUACAGUUUUAAAGGUGCCUUUUUCUGUCUAUAUUGAAAAAUUGUCACAAGAAAGUUUCAUUUUUCAUGUCAUGAUGCCGUGUGGGAGUUGACGGUCUCUCUGUGUGUAUUAUUCGAUUAACUUCAAUUCACCUCAUUAAUACUUCACUUAUCCCCGAAGGGAAAUCAUAUAUUGCGGUAACUGUAGGUAAAUCUCUUUAACGAGUCCAGAUGGUUAUAGCUGUGGACAGGAGGGAUCUUUCACCUCUACCUGAAGUCACAGACGGGUUUGUUGCAGUGUAAUGUGAAGAAGGUGCUUAGCGUCGCCCAUUAUGGUUUCCAUGGAUCCUUCUUUGCACAAUUCAUAACAAUCCUCAGAU